UGCAACAGCCAACAACCAUGAGUGCAACCGAAACCGGUCUGUUACGUGGGAUGGGAGACGUCCCGUUUUCUAAUGCGCUUUCGUCGUGGGGCGCGUUUCAGAGAUGACAACUCUCAUACGGAAAAUUUUAUAGUUUUAGUUCUCCCUGAUAAGUAUUUAAACCGUCAAUAUGAGCAGCAAAUCAAAGAGAGACACCGAACUGACCUACGGUGCUUGGAAGCUCGACGGGAGGAAUCCGACGCAUUGGAAAGUUUCAUUUGCGGUGAUUAUAUGUCUAGCGUUCGUAACACGGUUUUACAAAAUCACCGAGCCCGAUCACGUGUGCUGGGACGAGACCCACUUUGGCAAAAUGGGAAGCUGGUAUAUCAACCGGACCUUCUUUUUUGACGUUCAUCCACCGUUAGGAAAGAUGCUGAUUGGUCUGUCAGGAUACUUGACUGGCUACAAUGGCACUUUUCCUUUUGGCAAGCCGGGUGACAAGUAUGAGGACCACAACUACGUGGGAAUGCGUGUCUUCUGCGCCUUCCUAGGAAGCAUGGUGGUCCCCUUUGCAUUUGUCAUAGUCUGGGAGCUGUCACGUUCGCUCAAUGCGGCUGUUUUAUCGUCAUUCCUCAUCAUUUUUGAUAUAGGGUUGGUCACCCUCUCCCAAUACAUCUUGCUGGACCCCAUACUGAUGUUUUUCAUCGUCGGAGCAUUCAUGGCAAUCGUCAAGUUCAAGGCCGAAAGUCACAGGCCAUUCUCGAAACCAUGGUGGGCUUGGCUCAUCGCGACUGGAGUUUUUCUUUCAUGUGCCAUUAGUGUCAAGUUUGUUGGCCUGUUUGUCGUGCUACUUGUCGGGCUUUACACGGCAUACGACCUUUGGGAGCAUCUUGGCAACCUCAAGGAGCCCAUGGUUCAAGUGACGAAGCACUUUGUGUGCAGAGCUAUCUGCCUCAUCGCGCUGCCCAUGUGCCUUUAUAUGUUAUACUUUCACAUCCACCUUCAAGUUCUUUACAAGAGCGGGAGUGGAGACGGGUUCUUCAGCUCAGAAUUCCAGUCGCGGCUGCAAGGAAAUUCGCUUUACAUGGCGAGCAUGCCACGGGAGGUUGCUUACGGAGCCCAGAUCACACUGAAAAACCACAGGACUGGAGGCGCCUAUCUGCACUCGCAUUGGCACCUUUAUCCCGAAGGGGUUGGAGCUCGGCAGCAGCAGGUGACGACAUAUUCGCACAAGGACGAGAACAAUAACUGGAUCAUCAAGCGGUACGACAUCGAACCCGAUCGCAAGAACGAGACCGUAGAGUUGGUUCGCAACGGCGAUCUCAUCAGACUAGAACACGUCAUAACCACCAGAAAUCUUCAUUCACACAAGGAACCAGCACCUGUCACGAAACGUCAUUACCAAGUCACGUGUUACGGAGAAAACGGCACGGGUGACGCAAACGACGUGUGGCGCGUUGAAGUCGUCGGAGGCCAACCGGGUGAGGCGGUGCAGACAGUCACGAGCAAGCUGAAACUGGUUCACUACCUCACCAACUGUGCUUUAUACUCUCAUAACAAACAAUUACCCAAAUGGGGUUACGAACAAAUGGAAGUGACAUGCACUCCCAACCUACGUGAUAAGAAUACUCUCUGGAACGUCGAAGAUAACCAUUUUUCACACUUACCUAAUGUCAGCUUCGAAGCCUAUGCUCCGGGGUUUCUGAAAAUGUUUCUCGAAUCUCACGCCGUUAUGCUUCAGGGAAACGCCGGCUUGAAGCCAAAGGAAGGCGAGGUAACGUCGAGGCCAUGGCAGUGGCCAAUCAACUACAAGGGCCAGUUCUUCUCGGGCAUCCAAUACCGAAUCUACCUCCUAGGAAACCCCAUCAUCUGGUGGGGAGACCUCGCAUGCAUGGCUGUGUACUUUGCGAUCCAAGUGUACAUCUUCAUCCGAAAGAAACGGGGAUAUGUCAGGAGUGCUCAAAUUGAAGAUAGAGACGACAACAUGACAAGAUCGUCUGUCUGGCUCGUCAUUGGCUGGGCACUCCACUACCUUCCUUUCUAUGGAAUGGGAAGAGUAUUGUACUUUCAUCACUACUUUCCAGCAGUGAUCUUUAGCUCCAUGCUGUCUGGAGUCGUACUGGACUACUUACUACAAGUCGUCCCGACGUAUCUCCCUGCAAAACUGGCAUCGUCGGUUCAUCACUGGAUGUUCGGCUGCUACGCUGCCGUUAUCGUAUACAGUUUCUACUUAUUUUCUCCAUUGGCCUACGGAAUGGAAGGGUCAGUGUCUGUGCACGAAAACAGCACCAUGUACGGACUACGCUGGCUGGAUUCCUGGGAGUUUUGACGCUGUGUCACACCAGACGUCAUCGAUAUUUAUUUUUGACGACCGAUCAAAUGACGAACAAUAAAGAUUGCAACUGCGCAUACGUAA